GCCGGGCCCCACGCCCAGGAGCCUCCGCGGGGCAAGAUGGCCGCGCCGGGGGCGGAAGCGGAGGUGAGGGGGUGCUAGGGCGGUAGAGCCUUCCCCGAAGACCCGCGGGCCGGCACAAGGGAACUCACGGCCGUAGCCAACAAAAGUAUUGGCUUUUCUCGCCGUGGCCAUGGGUACUUCCCAAUAGAGCCUUUGACCUGAGGCAACCCCAGCAUUUCGCAGCCUGACCUAGAACCUCCCGGACGGCUGCAGAGGAAGCGCCGCCUCUGCGCUCCGACGGAGGCACGAGGCCAGUCAAGCAAGCCCCUCUGUCCCGACUGGUGCGACACCGAGCACCCCAUGCCUGCGGGCGCGGAGAGGCGUGGCCUCCCCCAGGGCCGCCACCUCUGGUUGCUCUGCGCUUUCGCCUUAAAGCUCUGCCAAGCGGAGGCUCCGGUGCAAGAGGAGAAGCUGUCAGUGAGCACCACGAAUUUGCAGUGCUGGCUGGUGGAAGAGUUUGUGGUGGCAGAAGAGUGUGCCCCGUGUUCUAACUUUCAGGCUAAAACCACCCCUGAGUGUGGCUCCACAGGCUAUGUGGAGAAAAUCACAUGCAGCUUAUCUAAGAGGAACGAGUUCAAAAGCUGUCGCUCAGCUCUGAUGGAACAAUACUCAUUCUGGAAAUUUGAAGGGGCUGUCGUGGGUGUGGCCGUGGUCUUCGCUUGCCUUGUCAUCAUUCGUCAGCGACAGCUGGACAGAAAGGCUCUGGAAAAGGUCCGGAAGCAAAUCGAGUCCAUAUAGUUCUACCGUUUUAUAUGGGUCUUAAAGACCCUACCUCAGACAGAGAAAGUGGAAUGGACUGACUUGUGCCCCUGGUUUUGGGGAACCUUGUGGUGGCACCUCUUGCUCCCAUCUUCCUCGUCUAGAUCAUUAAUGAGCAGAAUAAAAAGAACGAAAUCA